AUGUCGGCCGAUAACUUCGUCGCGCCCGGCCAGCAGCGCUACCUCCGCGCCUGCAUGGUCUGCUCCAUCGUCAUGACCUACGCCCGCUUCCGUGACGAGGGCUGCCCCAACUGCGAAGAGUUCCUGCACAUGGCCGGCUCUCAGGACCAGAUCGAGAGCUGCACCUCGCAGGUGUUCGAGGGGCUCAUCACGCUCGCGAACCCGAAACGCUCGUGGGUCGCCAAGUGGCAGCGCCUCGACGGCUACGUCCGUGGCGUUUACGCCAUCAAGGUCUCGGGCCAACUGCCCGACGAGAUCCGCAACACGCUCGAGGAGGAGUAUAGGAUACACUACAUCCCGCGCGACGGAACGGAGACUGAAGUCGACGCUUGA